GAUAUAGGAAACCGGAAGCUGUCACCCAGAGCAGUAUCUUUGAACCAUUCAAUAAGCUAAUAGCUAGCAGUUAAAGGAGCUACAAUUUUGCCUUUAGCGCUUAAUUUUGACGCUGCAUUCAUUUGUGUUUUUGAAAAGAGUGUGCUCCGGUUUUCGAAAAGUCAUGGCAGCGGAUUGGUUGGGUAGUUUGGUGUCGAUUAACUGUGGGCCAACACUGGGAGUCUAUCAGGGAGAGGUGGUGUCUGUGGAUCAGUCCAGCCAAACCAUCACCUUGAGGCAACCUUUCCAUAACGGAGUCAAGUGCCCUGUUCCCGAGGUCACAUUCAGCGCCAUUGACAUUAAGGAGCUAAAGAUUUUAGAUAUCAGAAAUGGCAAUACUAGGAACAGCUCUUCUGCAUCUACAAAAGUAAGCAGUGCUCCAGUUGCAGUCCCAAGGGGUGACCCCAGGUCUGUGGAGAAACUCAACUCUCCUCAGCACUGCUCCAAAAGCCACGGAGAACGUCACCUGGACAUACCCGGCCAGCCAAAAGGAUUUCGUCGAAGACACAACUCCUGGUCAUCGAGUAGUCGAGGGGCUAACCAAGUGACACCGAAAAAGAACGGGGUGAAGAAUGGGCAGAUGAAACAUAGAGACGACGAGUGUUUUGGGGAUGGCAUGGACGAUGGGCUGGAUACAGACUUUGAUUUUGAAGGAAACUUAGCUCUUUUUGACAAAGCAGCAGUUUUCUCAGAAAUUGACAUAUCAGAGCGCCGCAAUGGUGCGAGGUCACGUGGGACACCUCAAGAGCAGACGCCCACACGGUACCGCCAUGAUGAAAACAUUCUGGAAGCCAAACCUAUUGUGUACAGACAGAUUACUGUACCGCAGCCUGGGGCCAAAGAGUACUGCACUGACUCGGGGCUUGUUGUACCCAGUAUAUCCUAUGAACUACACCAGCGUCUGCUGUCAGUCGCUGAGCGUCAUGGCCUGUCACUGGAGCGAAGACUUGAGAUGACUGGGGUGUGUGCAAGUCAGAUGGCACUUACAUUGCUGGGUGGGCCCAACAGGUUCACUCCAAAAAAUUUACACCAGCGUCCCACAGUGGCUCUGCUGUGUGGGCCUCAUGUUCAGGGAUCUCAGGGCAUCAGCUGCGGCCGUCACCUGGCCAAUCAUGAAGUAGAGGUCAUCUUGUUUCUGCCCAAUUUUGUCAAGAUGCUCGACUCAGUCACAAGCGAACUCACACUCUUCAACAAGACCGGUGGCAAACAGGUGUCAAAUAUCAAAGACCUUCCAGACACACCGGUGGACUUAAUCAUAAACUGCCUCGACUGCCACGAGAACACCUUCCUGAUGGAUCAGCCUUGGUACCGAGCAGCUGCAGACUGGGCCAACCAGAACCGAGCACCAGUGUUGAGCCUAGACCCUCCUGCUAGUGGACAGAGGCAGGCAGUUGAGGCUAAGUGGUCCCUCUCUCUUUGCCUCCCGCUUCCUCUGGCUGAGGGGGCUGGCAGGGUUUACCUGUGUGACAUAGGUAUUCCUCGCCAGGUGUUCCAGGAAGUGGGAAUCAAGUACAUUUCUCCUUUUGGCUGCAAAUUUGUCAUCCCCUUGCACUCUGCAUAAUGGGACUAAUAGUCAACGUGGCAGAUCGAAUCUUUCACCCUCCAUGACCAUCUGGGUUUUGGCGCCUUAUUUUCCACAGUUCAAAAUAUCUUCUAUUAUGUUUCUAACUCAUCAACAUGUCAAUGGGACCUCUGUUUAGCACGGUAGUUUUGCAAGGAUCAUAUGGGUUAGGUGAUAGAAAAGAGCUUCACCAUCAGAGGCUUCAGCUAUUAUGUAGAUACUGUUGUAUUUACAUGAUAAUACAAGAUAUUUGGAAGAUGGAUUUUUCAAAAAUUCAACUUAAGUGUCAAAAAGAAACACAGCAUUAUGUUAAGUUUUAGAUCAAAAAGGACAAUCUCUGACUUUAAGUGGAACAAUUUCUGAAUGUCACUGUAAUCUAACUUCAUUCCAAAGCCACCUGGUAAAUAAACAGAGAUCUACCAUGUA